GUGCGGAGUGCGUUGUCUUUUUGAUUUUGGAACUUUGGAACUUGUGAGCGUCUUCCCCCCCCCCCCCCAAAGACUUUGUUUUCUUUUGGCUUGGUGCCGUUUCCCCGGUCCCGAAUAACCGCUUCUAGGCCUCGUUCGCCAGCCUCGCCCCAGUUUGCCCCCGGCUCUGCCCAGGGCCCCAGAGGGUGGGAGGCUUUGCCCAGCUUGUCUCUGCCGCAUAGCUGCAACUGCGUCAGUAUGCUUGAAGUCAACGAACCUCCUCUUUUUAUAAAAGACAUUAAAGCCGGACUGAAAAACUUAAAUGUCGUCUUUAUUGUCCUGGAGAUAGGACGCGUGACCAAAACCAAAGAUGGCCAUGAAGUGACAUCCUGCAAAGUAGCUGACAGAACGGGAAGCAUCACUAUUUCUGUGUGGGAUGAAAUCGGAAGACUCAUACAGACAGGGGAUAUUAUUCGUCUGACCAGAGGGUAUGCAUCAAUGUGGAAAGGAUGCCUGACAGUUUAUACUGGAAGAAGUGGUGAACUUCAAAAAAUUGGAGAGUUUUGUAUGGUGUAUUCAGAACUGCCAAAUUUCAGUGAGCCAAACCCGGAUUAUAGAGGACAGCAGAACAACUCGGUACAAAAUGAGAAGGAUAAAGUGAAUGCUAGUACAUUUGGAACCUUUGGAAAUGGCGUUCAGACUGGGCCCGAAUCAAGAGGAUAUCAUCUCCCAUAUACUGGUAGAAGCAGUGGCCGGGAGCACAUAAACUCACCGCUUCCAGGAGCUCGAAGUAGUCAAACAGUCAUGACCACAAUAAGCAAUGCCUGGGAUCCCAGGAGAGCUUUUAGAACAUGACUGAAGCUAAAGAGACUCAUGUAGUUUUUAAACUAUGUGCCCUACUUGAACACUUAAUGCACUUUUAUUUAUUGUUAACUGUGAAAGUGUGUCUCUUACGGGUUUCCUGUUACAUUUUGGGUUUGUUGAGAAGAAUGGUUGAUUUUUACGGCACAAUGUUGAGCUGCUCAGUUCCAUCCUGUUGAAGAAUAGGAACUCUGAAAGCCGGAACAUAUAUUUUUUAGAGCAAGACCUUACUGAGUAUCACUUGAAAACCUGUCCCUGUUUCCAGGGUGAGCUACUUAUGACACCAGCAUUUGCCAUAACAUUUCAUGGGAAAUGUUCUUUUGUUUUAAACUGGGAUGUGGCCGGCGGUAGUGAUAGCAGCCCCAAGCAGAAGCCUGGCCCGUGCUGACAGUGCUUUGAGUGCUUGUGGUCCAGGGAUGAGUUACUACUAGAGUGACUGGCCUGCCAUUCAGAGUGUCUACGGACAGAAGCACAGCCUACAUUCUUGUUUCGUUACCAGACAACCAGACUCUUCCCAGAAUUAUGGAAUACAAUGUGUAACAUAACAAGUAGUUUUUAGAAGGAAACUGUAAUAUAAUGCUCUUAAUAGUUGUUACAUACAAACGUUAAAAUUAUUCUAAAGAAAAAUUUACAAGAGAGUGUUUGUGUUAAUUUUUAAACAACCAUGUUAAAUACUGGUGUAAUUGUAGGGAUUACAAUACAACACAGGACAGAAAUCUCAUUAGUGCAGUUUCUGUCUCUGUGUCCCAGGUGUUGGUUUUAAGGUUGUGCAUUAUCACACCAGGCUUAUCUGAUUACUAAAAAACAAAACAGAAAUCAUGUGGUUGAUGAAAAUUGUAACAAAUGCAAUUCAGAUUGAAUUCUUAUAGCCAUGUGACAACCUGCGUCAGGUUGUCAGGUAGAAGUAAGAAUGCUGGAGUAAGAAUAGGUACUGCUUCUCUUUAUGGAAGUAUAUGUGGUUUAGUUUCUUUUGUUUGUUUGUUUUUUUGGUUUUGUUUUGUUGGUUUUUCAAGAUAGGAUAUCUUUGAAGCUGGCUCAGUAGACCAAUCUAUCCUCUGACUGACAGAGAUCCACCUGUCUCUGUUUCCUGAGUGCUCGUAUUAAGAGCUUUAGUUUCUGAACACAAAUCAUAUCGCCUCACUAGGAAGACUCAAGUAUAUAUCUCUGUUUGAAAUAUUUUGGUGGGAAUUGUGUUUCCUGAUAAUCUCUUCACUGUAGGGUGGAUAAUUGGUGGAUGUUUUCAUUUUAGUUUGUCUCCUUAAAUAUUACCCCGUGAGUAAAUGUCUUGCUCUGCUGACAGCACAGCCGCCUGCUCUGCUCUUUCCCCAAGCACAGAGAGUCCAGUUCAGUUUCCUGAAGCUAUGUUGGCUUCAGCCUGGCUGCUUCCUAUCUCUGUGUCUGCUGAUUCUCCUGGCCUCACAUUGUAUAAUAAGUAAGUUUCUGUUCAAAUUCUGUAGCGUUUGCAUAUAACCUGUGCCAGAUAUUAUUGUUCUAUUUCUGUUUAAUAAAUUUCAGUUUGCACUGUA